AUGACAGAUAUGACAUUGCCUCGCACAGCUCCAGUACCAUAUUAUUAUGACUAUGGAGAUGAUGUCAGAACGCCACAUGUAGAUGAACAAAAGUUAACAUUAUAUUUAGAUUAUUAUAGAUAUAAAAGAUAUAAUGCAAUAGAAAAAACGAGAAUAGUAUAUUAUUAUACAGAUGACAGAAAUAAAUAUUAUAGUCAAGAUUUUACCUACCCUGAAAACAUAAGAUUAUAUUAUAAAAAAUAUUCUGACACAAACCAGAAGAAACCUGAAAUAGUUACACUAUAUCUUAAGUUCAAAAGAGACAAUCCUAUAAUAUCUCAUAUGUUUGAUUUAAUGAACCCAGUAGGUUCUAUUUAUACAUCUAUGGAUGCAAGAGGUCCUCAAGUAAUGUUUGGUGUUGGUGCAUGGGAACAAAUAGUCGACAGGUUUUUGUAUUGUGCAAACUCUUCAAAGGAAAUGGGUGGAAGUAAAACGAUUACAGGUGAAAAUUUACCUGCACACAGUCACUACAUAGAUUUAAGCACAUCUCAAGCGGGUUGGCAUAAGCAUAGAUAUUGGGAUUGGUCUGGAAUGACAAAAGGUAAAGGAUAUGAUGUUAAAGACGACGUUAAGUUUGCUAUAAAUUGUUACUGGGAUGACACUCAGGGAGAAGGAAACCAUACACAUUUCGUUUCAGGAUAUACACAAACAACGGGACAAAGUAAAGAUUACAUGCCACCAUUUAUGACUGUAUUCGCAUGGUAUAGAGUUCAAUGA